CUCAACGGGACUCUGGGCUGGAAUGGAAAAUCCCCCAUUGGCUCGGAGAGGGAGGCCACGUGAUGUCGGGCGCCGGGAUUCCCUGACGAUCAGUUCCAUAUAUUGGAUACUCUCUCUGUCAUAUCGAAGUGCCAAUAUUAAUUGAAUAGCGUCGUCGUACUAACCGGCCUGGCCUUGAUCCUUUCAACUCCCUGCGUACUGUGAAUGGAUUAUCAGCGUUAUUACUAUCAUGCUGAGUGACUCCACAGACGGCGCGAUCACACCUUUGGGCGCGUCUACGGAAAGAUCUUCCGGAAGUAGUCAGAUCUCCAGCGUGGGGAUUCCUAAGGUCCGGAUUCCGCGCCUAGGGACAGCCUCCAUCCGCACUGUCCGCCAACGCACGAGCCGUGCCUGCGCGGCGUGUCGCGACAAGAAGACGAAGUGCGAUGGACAAAAGCCGGAAUGCAGCCAAUGUCGCCAGUUGCGUAUUCCCUGCAGCUACGUCGGUUCUAAAAGGGAAAGACAACGAGGGGCCCUGGAAUCUGUGCAAGCUAAGAUACAGUCGUACGAGUCCCUGUUGCAACGGAUCAUUGUCGAAAGCAGUGAGGACCCAUCAAAGAGCAAGCUCAUCGAAGAACUGAUCUAUAAACACUUCGAAGGAAGUCCGACGAUACUGGCACCACUCCUGGAGCUUGGGUCUCCCUUGGACAAAACCCCGUCAUUACCAAAACAUGGUCUAUCAUUGUAUCGGAUGCUUGCCGCGUGGACAUCCUACACGCGCAGCGAACUUCAGCCCCUCGUGCAGAGGCCAUUUAUCCAGGUCACUGCGAUUCACCAUUGGACCUCCCUGACUGACAAUGACACAGCAAGCCAUCUACUGUCUUUCUACUUUACCUGGGAAAACCCGACAUGGCAGCUAAUUGACCAGUAUUCAUUUGUCCGUGACUUGGAACGCGGUCAUGGGAAAUUCUGUUCGCCACUAUUGGUCGCCGCGCUACUCUUCUUCGGCUGUAGUCUGUCGUACAACCUCGAUAAAAUCACAGAUCGCCGAGAGGAAAAGCUUCUGAGUCGAAAGCUGUAUUCAGAAAUCCAGCGUCUGUGGGAAGUCGAAAAACACAAUGCAAGUCUUCCUACUGCGCAGUCCAGUAUUAUGAUCGGGCUGCUGUGCUGUACUUUCGGCCUGGACAGAAUUGGCACCCAGUAUAUCAUGCACGGCGCCCAGCUAUGCCUAGAUUUAGGUCUCGACCAGGAAUCGCCUCAGUACAUCUACGGCGAUUCGCCGGACGAAGGCGGGUAUCUGAGUAGAUGCCAUAAGCUAGUUUCCUGGGCGGUCUAUGAUGUUCAAGGGCUCGCUUCCCAGGUGUACAGAAAAGUCCCAGCCUGGAAAGCGCCUCCGCCUGUAAGAUUCUCUCCCGUUGAGGCGGCAAGCUUGGAUGCGGGUGUUGAAUGGAGUUCCUAUCCGUUUACGAUUCCUACCGCGCAGCCUUUCUUCUUUACGGCGGCCUGCUUCCGGGCUGACCUGGUUACUAUAGUCCAUAAAAUUGCGAAGUUGGCCCUCGAAUUUCCAAAUUCCGUCAUGAGUAGUGACCAUUGGGAGUACGGCAAACAAUUACACCGAGAGCUACUGCAGUGGAAGUCCUCCUUACCCCCUCCUCUUCUACUCCAACAAAACACGACACCGCAUAUAAUUUGCCUACAUCAGUAUUACCAUGCGACAAUCGCAUCCCUAUGCCAAAUAUUUUGUGCAAACUUAAGCUCAACGGGUGGCGAGAUUCCAAACCCGGAAACGUUCGAUCCGUACACAAUCAUGUCACAAGCUUUAGACACGAUGGGGUCACUCAUAUUGCUAUUCAAACGCUGCCAUGGUUGGAAGUCUCUCCCUGUUGUCAUGUUGCACUAUUUCUGUGUCGCAGGCGUCCACUCUAUCUCCAAGUUGAAUCUCGAGGAUCUGAAAUGGAGCUAUGUGCUCGAAGACUGUGUGGUGGGUCUCUGGCAUAUGAGCUUGGGAUGGGGUCGAUUAUGCACCGCCUUCCUCCGGACUAUUGAGCUCGUGUUGAACCAGAGCAAACCGGACCCAUCUCUUGUGCCUCCGAGAGUCGCGGAAAUCUUUAGAAACAUGAAUAAAGGUGAUCUGUGGACGGUGACAGACAUCUCAUCCCUCGCAGCCGAUUAUAUUGUGCAUCACGUGCCGACCAGACAUUUGUCCCAAGCCAACCCAUGGUCUGCUUUCAAGUCGCAAGGCUUGCAGAACCUGAUAAAUGACAUGGAUAAUCUUUCGAUUAAACAACGCUUGGAGCCUCUUGAGAAGAAGUCACCGGUCUCUCACAGCCCUGAAGGUCCCGACAACCCAGAAGUGUGAUGAAGAGUUUACCGACUAUAUAUACUCUAUGAUAGUCUCAUCCUUUUGAAUCUGAUGGGGGAUGCUGCCAUUUUUGGACCUUUCCCGUCUAUUACUGGUAUUUUUUU